GGAGCAUGUGGAGGAUGAUUAUUUGAGAUGCUUUAUUAUUAUUCUCAUGAUUUAGUGAUAAGAGAAGUAAGGUAGGUGCUCAAAACAACAAAAUGAGAGGCUCAUAUCCUCCCACAAUCCUUGUAUGGAUAAGACCACCACAAUCUUCAAUACAAUAACCCUCCUAUUCCCUCUCACUUCUUACAUCCCAAUUUCACAACUCUCUCCACCACUUUGUCACCAUAAUCUUCAUCAACCACCAAUGGCAGCCACCCUAUCAACCACCAUGGCCAUGCUCAACGCCAAAUGCAUGACAUCCUCCAAACUCACCAAACCCAUCUCUCUCCCCACCAUCCAAACCCUCACCACUUCAAAACAACCCACCACCCUCUCCUUCACCGGAACCACCAUCGCCGGAGCCAUCUUCGCCACCCUAAGCUCCUCCGACGCAGCCUUCGCCGCCCAACAACUCGCCGACAUCGCCGAAGGAGACAACCGCGGCAUCGCCCUUCUCCUUCCCCUCGUUCCCGCCAUUGCAUGGGUUCUCUACAACAUUUUUCAACCAGCUGUUAACCAGAUCAACAGGAUGAGGACCAAAGGAGUAGUUAUUGGGCUUGGGCUUGGUGGUGGGCUUGCAGCUUCAUCUGGGCUUUUUGCCACCCCUGAUGCCGCCGCCGGAGAACUCGCCGCCGUGGCUGAGGCGGCUGCUGCUAGUAGUGACAACAGAGGGCAGCUUUUGUUGAUUGUUAUUGCACCUGCUAUUCUUUGGGUGCUUUACAAUAUCUUACAGCCUGCUCUUAACCAGAUCAAUAAAAUGAGAUCUUGAUUAGUUUUUUUUAUAUGAAUUAUAUUAUAUAUUGGUACAUUGGACUAGUAGUAAUGUUGUAAUUGGUAAUCAACUUUUGUUGGAAUAUAUAUUGUGGGGAUGUUUGGCAUUUGAAUGAUACUGCAAUUUUAAGUUUGUGUCA